CAAACUCCAGUCGCAUCCCGCUCUCCUUCUCCCUCUCCUUCGCUUCCCUCCCCUCCCCUCUCUCUCUCUCUCUCUCUCUCUCUCUCUCUCUCUCUCUGCAAUUCACGCAAAAUAGUUACAGGUUUUAACCUCAGCACUCCCAAAUAGACACGAAACGUAAGCGUGAUUUAGAUUCCUGAGAGGAGGUCUUUGACUCAAGGCUCAGAGUUACAGAGGCACGCCGAAACUUUUCCCAAAGGCCGGUGCCUUGGACUUGUGACUUGGGCCGAGUCCGCCGGCUCUCAGACCGCAGGAGAAAAGUGCUGCGCGCAUGCCGUCCACUGACAGUUCGCAGCGAGGGAGUGCGCUCUGCCUUUGGACUGGGUAUAUAGCGCCGGUGCUAGUCAGUGGUCAUCGAACACUGAGUUCAUCGCGGAGCUCGGGGCUCUUGGGUCUCGUUGCCUGCUGAACACCAACACCAUCUGCCGUAGUGGUAGUAGUAGUAGCAGUAGUAGUAUUAGGACUCUCAGGACCUGGCUGGCCUUCAUCUCCAGUCCAAUUGAAAUCAAAUAUCGGUCACUUCAGCAGCCACCACCACCACCACCAGCUGCUGCUCCUGCCUUAGCGUUGGGGAAGCUGAGAAGACGAAGGUGCAGGUACCGCAAGCUGCAGGACUUCAGCAGCACUUCGUCUCAAGGCCCAGCCACUAACUGUAAACGAGCUCCACGAUGGGUCCGUGAAUCCAUUAUCGUUCCAACGGGGACACUGAUGCAUAUCUAGACUUCCCCGGGAGACGGUGUCUGUGAUCUGGGAAUCGGACUCAAUUAUCGGCCGGGAGAAGAAGGAAGGCGCGAUGGCGAGUGUGAAACCGUCCUCGUUAGGACAUGAGACGGUAGAAAUUCAAGGUGGGCACCACAUUGGACACAGUAGGCGGAGUAGUUCGAGCUUCGGUAGAAGCCACAGACGUAGUGCGAGUAUAGGAGGAAGCGCUCGAUGGACGAAUUUCGGUCCCGAUCAAACUUUUGCGAGGGGCUCAGAGCGGAGAGAGGAUGAGAUCGACGAUGAAGAGGCGCUCAGGUGGGCGGCGUUGGAGAAACUUCCGACUUAUGAUCGUAUCAGAACCACCAUUCUCGAAAACAUGAAAGGCAGUCGUGCUUACCGCGAGCAGGUGGAUCUUCGUCUCAUGGGCAAAGGUGGCGACCAUUCUCAGAAGCUUAUGCAGAACCUCUUCAACGCUAGCAGCACUGAGGAGGACAAUGAGAAGUUUUUAAGAAAAUUGCGCGCCCGCAUGGAUAAGGUGGGCGUUGUACUUCCAAAUGUAGAGGUUCGCUACAAAAACCUCAGCAUAGAAGCUAAAGCCUAUGUUGGAGGCCGCUCGCUUCCUACUCUCUACAACAACUUCGUCAACUCUCUCGAGGCUAUGGCAACAAGCCUUCAUCUUCCGGUAUCGGAGAAAGCCACAAUUCCCAUUCUGCGUGAAGUCAACGGAAUUAUAAAACCGGGCAGACUGACGCUGCUGCUCGGGCCUCCUGCCUCUGGGAAGACCUCGUUACUUCUCGCCUUGUCCGGGAAGCUCGAUAAGAAGUUGAAAGUUUCUGGGGAAGUGACGUACAAUGGUCACACCAUGAAUGAAUUCGUACCUCAGAAAACGUCGGCGUAUAUCAGCCAGCAUGAUUUGCACGUUGCCGAGAUGACAGUGAAAGAGACUUUGGAAUAUUCAGCCAAGUCGCAGGGCAUCGGGACUCGAUAUGAUCUUCUUGCCGAGCUCAUCAAGAGGGAGAAAGAACUUGGCAUCCAUCCGGAACCUGACAUCGACUUCUACAUGAAAGCAACAGCAAUGCAAGAAGUUGCGAGCGGUGUCGUUUCCCAGUAUACCUUGAAGAUUCUGGGACUAGACAUCUGUGCAGACACUUUGGUCGGUGAUGAUAUGAUUCGCGGAAUCUCUGGUGGUCAAAAGAAGAGGGUGACUACCGGGGAGAUGAUUGUGGGACCGACUAAGACCCUAUUCAUGGACGAGAUCUCUACAGGCCUCGAUAGUUCUACCACAUUUCAGAUUGUCAAGUGCCUUCGAGAUAUCUGCCACAACAUGGAAAAUACCGUUGUCAUGUCACUAUUGCAGCCUCCACCGGAAACUUUCGCACAUUUUGACGACAUCAUCCUGCUCUCGGAGGGCCAAAUUGCUUACCACGGACCGAGAGAGAAUGUGCUCGAGUUCUUUGAAUUUUGCGGCUUCAAGUGUCCAGAGAGAAAAGGUAUCGCCGACUUUUUGCAAGAGGUGACCUCUCGAAAGGAUCAGGAGCAGUACUGGUCCAACAAGAGCAGAGCAUAUGAGUUCGUGCCAGUUAAGGAGUUCACGGAAAUUUUUCAGACCAAAUUCCACGUUGGUGUGAAACUGCAAAGGGAUCUGGAAACUCCAUACGAUAAAUCGACAUCCCACAAAGCAUCACUGGUGACAGAGAAGUACACGGUGUCGAAACGAGAGCUACUGAGAAUAAACUUCGAGAAGGAGAUAUUGUUGCUCAAGAGGAAUGCUUUCGUGUCUAUUUUCAGAGUUGUACAGCUGAGUUUUGUUGGUCUCAUCACGAUGUCCACCUUCUUCCGGACCGAGAUGCACAGAGAUUCAUUUGCCGACGCACAACUCUACGCCUCCGCUAUUUUCUUCGGUAUCAUCAUGGUGAUGUUUAAUGGUUAUGUCGAACUUUCCCUGACGAUUGCACGGCUGCCAGUAUUUUUCAAGCAAAGAGAUCUACUGUUUCUUCCACCUUGGGCAUUUGCAAUCCCGAAGGCUGUUCUCAACAUACCGGUGUCAAUGUACGAGUCUCUUUUGUGGGUCAUCAUCACGUACUACACGAUUGGAUUCGCUCCUUCAGCGCAAAGGUUCUUCAAACAGCUUUUCCUCUUAUUUUGGGUUCAUUCGAUGUCAUCCGCACUUUUCCGUAUGAUCGGUGGAUUUUGUCGAACUAUGGUCAUUUCCAACACGGGAGGAACUUUCUCCCUCCUAAUCAUCUUCGUUUCCGGAGGAUUUUUGAUACCGAAGAACCUCAUUAAGCCUUGGUGGAUUUGGGCAUAUUGGAUUUCACCCCUGUCCUACAUUCAAAACGCUCUUAAUGUCAACGAGUUCCUUUCACCACAGUGGAGUAAGCCUUUUGGAAACAGUUCAGUACCAGCCGGCGUCGCGUUUAUUACAAGUGGUGGUCUGUAUGCGGAGUCCUACUGGUACUGGAUUGCUAUCGGGGUGAUGGUGGGGUACACUUUCCUCUUCAAUAUCCUCUUCACGCUCUUCCUCACGUACCUUGAUCCUAUUGGUGAAGCUCAAGCCACCGUUUCAGAAGAAGAACUCGCCGAGAAGCAUGCGAAUCUCACUGGUGAAUCCAGCAUGUCACUCCAAAAGUCCAGUAUUCCGAGAUCUAUUCCCCGUUCGUUGUCGUCAAAUGUUGGACAUGCCAAGGCUCGCCGGAGUCUCACAAUCUCAGAGACAGAGAGACAUCAUCAUACCGCUGAAGAAGGUGGUGUUCAGAUGUCUCACAGAGUAUCGAUGCCACGAGAAUCAUUCGAGUCACGUGAUAGUCUCAAUGGAGUUACUGCCAAGCGAGGAAUGAUUUUGCCAUUCAAGCCUCUAGCCAUCAGCUUCAAUGACGUCAAAUACUUUGUUGACAUGCCUGCUGAAAUGAAACAACAAGGUGCAACGGAUAAUAGACUUCAGCUCCUCAGAAGCAUCACCGGCGCCUUCAGACCAGGAGUACUCACAGCUUUGGUCGGUGUCAGCGGAGCAGGGAAGACAACUCUUAUGGACGUGCUUGCUGGAAGAAAGACUGGAGGUUACAUUGAGGGUGACGUCCGCAUCGCUGGGUUUCCCAAGAAACAAGAUACUUUUGCCCGGAUUUCAGGAUACUGCGAACAGACUGACAUCCAUUCACCUCAAGUCACAGUUUAUGAGUCUCUUAUAUAUAGUGCUUGGCUUCGUUUAUCGAAGGAUGUGGACAAUGAAACCAAAUUCCAAUUUGUCCAGGAAGUGAUGGAUCUGGUUGAGCUUACACCCCUCAGAAAUGCCCUAGUCGGUCUCCCUGGAGUUACUGGGUUAUCGACUGAGCAGAGGAAGCGUUUGACGAUAGCUGUAGAGCUGGUAGCAAAUCCCUCAAUCAUCUUCAUGGAUGAGCCAACAUCAGGUCUAGAUGCCAGAGCAGCUGCCAUUGUCAUGAGGACCGUUAGGAAUACAGUGGAUACUGGUCGAACGGUGGUAUGCACAAUUCAUCAACCCAGCAUUGAUAUUUUCGAAGCUUUUGACGAGUUACUUCUACUAAAGCGCGGUGGACAAGUCAUCUAUGCUGGUCCUUUAGGAAGAAGGUCUCAUAGACUCGUUGAGUACUUCGAGGCAAUCCCCGGAGUUCAAAAGAUUAAGGAAGGAUAUAACCCAGCAACCUGGAUGCUGGAAGUCUCUUCGGAGUCUGUCGAGAUGAAGCUGGGUGUGGAUUUUGCGGAGGUUUAUCAGAAGUCAUCUUUGUACCAGAGAAAUAAGGCCCUGGUUGAAGAAUUAAGUCGCCCAGCUGAUAAUGCGGAGGAUCUUUACUUCCCAACUCAGUAUGCGCAAGGAUUCUUUUCACAAGUCUCGUCUCUCUUAUGGAAGCAGCACUUAACAUAUUGGCGUAUGCCCUCUUAUAAUAACGUGCGAUAUGUGUACACAGUAGUUUCAUCCCUGGCGGUUGGAACCAUGUUUUGGCUUAUUGGACAUAAGAGAAACACACAAGUCGCGCUUUACAGUAUUAUGGGUGGAAUGUACGGAAGUACUAUGUUUCAAGGAGUGAACAACUCGUCCACUGUCCAGCCCGUGGUAGCAACUGAGAGAACUGUGUUUUACAGAGAAAGAGCGGCAGGAAUGUACUCGGCCGUUCCUUAUGCUAUAUCGCAGGUUCUCAUUGAGAUACCAUACUGCAUAAUUCAAAGCGUCAUUUUCUGUCUCAUCACGUACAGCAUGAUGGGCUUGGAAUGGACUGCAGUCAAAUUCUUUUGGUAUCUGUUUUUCAUAUUCUUCACGUUCCUCUACUUCACUUACUACGGAAUGGUGGCAGUUGGUAUUACUCCGAAUCAACAAAUUGCCAUGAUUGUGUCUACUCUGUUCUACGGUUUCUUCAAUCUCUUCGCAGGAUUCUUGAUUCCCAGAAAUAGAAUACCCAUUUGGUACAGAUGGUAUUAUUGGGCCAACCCUCUCAGUUACACUCUCUACGGAAUCAUGGUAUCACAGUUUGGGGAUGUUACCACACCACUUAUAACAACUGAUGGGCAAGUGACAGAUGUUCGGGGCUUUGUGAAAUCCUCGUUCGGGUUCGAGCACAGCCUUCUUUGGCUGCCGGCUCUGAUGGUGGUCCUUCUCACAGUUGUCUUCGCGUCGGUAUUCAUGCUCGCUAUAUUGAGAUUGAAUUUCCAAACUCGGUAAUUGAAGGUCAGCUGGUCUCGUCUGCGAUCUUAUCACUUAUGAAAUCUGAUAGUGUGCUCUCGUAGAUUUUCACCUGCUCGGAUGUAGGCUUUACUGCGGGAUGAGUGGUCACACUGAUCGCUCUUUAACUUCAAGUGUCACAAUGAAGGUUGAAGCUAAGGCUCUCGAGUAGAGCGGGGAUGCAAGCAACCCAAGGUCACUAAUUACCACAGAUGUGGCCGGUGCCGUGUAAUUAUACUGGAAGUCCACCGACGGGAGGUUCAAGCUAUAAUGUAUGAAUUGUGCCGAGGUUCACUAUUUACAUAAUAGUUUGUCGUCUUAUUAACGUUACUGUCAGUCAAUGUAAAGAGUUCGUAUUUUAACCGAGUUGAAGUCCACUUUACUGCGGCCCAUCCCAGUAAUCAUGUAGAUUACAUAGCCAUUCAUGUGGACACAUUUUAACGUGAUUUUUUAAAAAAGUUUUGAUCAUACUUUUU